ACCUCCACCCUCUCCUCACACCACCCACGGCAAAGGGCCUUCCUCUCACCACCGCCCUCAGCCACGAAACCGCUACUCCAUCGACUCGAUCGCCAGUCCUCCGCCGAACUCCACCGCACGUGCCUCGAGAAUGCAGGCGGAUCGCAAUGGCGCGAUGCCAAUGCCCGUGGGAAAUGGACAUGCGCAACAACGUCACUUUGGUGGGGGAAACGGAGGCAUCAUGGGUGGGAACAUGCGAGGACCAGCCAGUCCGCCGAAGAACAAGAAUACCCAGCAUGUUCCAUGCAAGUUCUUCCUCCAAGGGCAGUGCCAGGCGGGCAGUAUGUGUCCCUUCUCCCACGACGUCGAGUCCACCACCAGACCAACACCGUGCAAAUACUUUGCCAAAGGAGGGUGCAAAUUCGGCCGGAAAUGCGCCUUGCUACACAUCACACCGGAAGGACAGAUUGUGAAUCGGCCAUAUCCACAGCACCAACAACCUUACAUGCCGCAAGCACAGACAUCGUUCGCUCAGCCGCCACCUCCUGGUCUGCUCUCGAUGCAAGCACAAGGCCUCGAACAGCGACCCAACGGCGAACAGUACGACAACUACGCCUACUCCUCCCGCCAGCAAGACGCCAAUCCUCAAAUCGAUAUGACCUAC